AUGGCCCCAGCCCGGAGGGACUGCAACGGCUGGGAGAUGCUCCUCCCGACGGGAUGCCUGCUCCUCUCUGUUUUGCUAUUUCACCCUACAGUGGCCAAGGUGUGCAACGACCGCACCAAACAUGGACAGGACAACAGCUGGUUCUCCAGGGACGGGGAAAAUUUGCCCAUCAUGGUUCUUAUGCCCAUGAACGAGUCGGCCCUGAUGAGCAGCAUCAGCCAAGGGAUCGAGCCCGCGGUCCAGCUGGCCAUUCAGCAUAUACGGGAGUCCAGGAAGUACUCGUUCUCACUCAUCACAAAAAUCUAUGACACCGAGUGUGACAAUGCCAAGGGACUGAGGGCCUUCUUUGAUGCCAUAUGCUACGGCCCCAAACACCUGAUGAUCUUUGGCGGAGUCUGCCCCUCUGUGACUUCCAUCAUUGCUGAGUCCUUGGAGGGCUGGAACCUGGUGCAGCUGUCCUUUGCUGCUACAACUCCAGUUCUGGCAGACAAGAAAAAAUACCCAAACUUCUUCCGCACCGUCCCAUCAGAUAACGCUGUGAAUCCAGCUGUUGUGAAGUUCCUGACCUACUACAACUGGAGCCGUGUUGGGACCCUCACACAGGAUGUUCAGAGGUUUUCAGAGGUGAGGAAUGACCUAACUAGUGAGCUUGAGAAAGCAGACAUUCAGAUAGCAGAUACAGAAAGCUUUUCCAACGACCCCUGUAUUAACGUCAAGAAACUCAAGGACAAUGAUGUGAGAAUCAUCAUUGGCCAGUUCGAUGAAAACCUGGCCUCCAAAGUCUUCUGCUGUGCAUAUAACCUGAACAUGUUUGGCAGUAAAUACCAGUGGAUAAUCCCCGGCUGGUACCAGGGCAACUGGUGGGAGCAGGCCAACAGCACCAACUGCACCACCAAGAAGCUACUCACAGCCAUGGAGGGAUACAUCAGUGUGGACUUUGAACCGCUCAGUGCUCGGCAAAUCAAGGGUAUCUCCGGCAGGACCCCUAAGGAGUAUGAGAGGGAGUACAGCCAAGAGCUGCGGCAGAAAGGUGUGGAGUCCAGCAAGUUUCAUGGCUUUGCCUAUGAUGGGAUCUGGGUCAUUGCUAAAACCCUGACUCGAGUGAUGGAACUGCUCAGGAUCAAACAGCGGCAAAACACCUAUCACAACUUCACAGUGGAUGACCGCGAAGUGGGAAAGAUGGUGCUAGACGUCAUGAACGAGACCAACUUCUUUGGCGUCACUGGUCAAGUCAUGUUUCGGAAUGGAGAGAGGAUGGGUACAAUAAAAUUCAACCAGUUUCAAGAAGGCCAGGAGGUAAAGGUGGGAGAGUACAACGCAAUUGCAGACGUGCUGGACCUCAUCAACAACUCCAUCAGGUUCCAAGGUGUGGAGCCUCCCAAGGAUCGUACAUUUGUCCGUCUGCAGAGGCGCCACAUCAACGUUCCCCUCUACAGUAUCCUAUCCACUAUCACCAUACUGGGCAUGCUGAUGGCUGGGGCCUUCUUGUUCUUCAACAUAAAGAACCGCAACCACAGGCUUAUCAAGAUGUCCAGUCCCUAUAUGAACAACCUGAUCAUCCUAGGCGGUUUGCUCUCUUAUGCCUCCAUCUUCCUGUUUGGUCUGGAUGGAGGUUUCGUCUCCGACAAAGAGUUUGAGACGCUUUGCACGGUUCGGACAUGGAUCCUCAUUGUUGGAUACACAACAGCUUUCGGCGCCAUGUUUGCCAAGACCUGGAGGGUGCACGCAAUCUUCAAAAAUGUCAAGAUGAAGAAGAAGAUCAUAAAGGACCAGAAGUUGUUGAUUAUCGUUGGCGGGAUGCUGCUAAUCGACUUGUGCAUCCUCAUUUGCUGGCAGAUUGUGGACCCGCUUAAGAGGACUGUGGAAGAAUACAGCUUGGAGGCGGACCCCCAAGGCCGAGACAUAGCCAUCCGUCCCUUCUUGGAGCACUGUGAGAACACCCACAUGACCAUUUGGCUGGGUAUUGUCUAUGCCUACAAGGGACUGCUAAUGUUGUUUGGCUGUUUCUUGGCAUGGGAGACCAGGAACGUGAGCAUCCCUGCUCUCAAUGACAGCAAAUACAUUGGGAUGAGUGUGUACAACGUGGGCAUCAUGUGCAUCAUCGGUGCUGCGGUGUCUUUUCUGACCAGGGACCAACCCAAUGUCCAGUUCUGUAUUGUGGCGCUGGUCAUCAUCUUUUGCAGCACUAUCACUCUUUGUUUGGUCUUCGUUCCCAAGUUUAUCACCAUGAGAACCAACCCGGACGCAGCCACCCAAAACCGAAGACUAAAGUUCACCCAGAAUCAAAAGAAGGAAGACUCCAAGACCUCCACCUCCGUCACCAGCGUCAACCAGGCUAACACUUCUCGACUUGACGGGCUUCAAACUGACAACCACCGGCUCCGCAUGAGGAUAACAGAGUUGGACAAGGAGCUGGAGGAAGUGACCAUGCAACUGCAGGACACACCAGAGAAAACUCCCUACAUUAAACAGAACCAUUACCCAGACGCCAACAACAUCCUCAGCAUACGCAACUUCACAGAUGGCAAAGAUGGAGAGAAGUCAAUACUGAAGAACCACUUGGAGCAGAAGCCUCAGGCGCAGUGGGGCUCCAUGGAUCCUUCCAGAAUAAACAGAGGUCCCCUGGAGGAUAUCAACUCGCCCGAACACAUACAACGUCGACUGUCCUUGCAGCUGCCCAUCCUGCACCAUGCCUACUUACCUUCCAUAGGAGGGGUUGAUGCCAGCUGCACCAGCCCCAACGGCAGCCCUGGUUCCAGCCCACGGCACAGACACAUGCCCCCCUCCUACCGGGUAAUGGUCUCUGGCCUGUGA